AUGAAUGUUUUGUUAGAUAAGAAUGGGACUCCUAAGCUCACUGGUUUUUAUCUUGCCGUUACUCUCCCUGAGGGUAAGACGUGGAUUAAAGAUAGAUUGGCUGGAACUGCCGGAUACGUAGAUCCUAUAUAUCACUUGACAGAAAUAGUGUCGGAAUACACAGAUGUGUACAGUUUUGGAAUAUUUAUGUUGGUUCUUCUGCUGGGACGACCACAACUUCUAUCAGAUGGGGACUCAGUUUUUACUAGUAUUCUUACACAUGUGAAGGAUAUGCAGGAGAGAGGAAAACCUGUUAACUUCGGUGGCGACUCUAACGACAUGAGGCCUGGUCAGAUGAAAAUGUUACUCGACCUGGCACUCAGAUGCUGUGAAGAGAGGAAUGAAGACAGACCAAAGAUGAUCGUAGUAGCAAAAGAGAUUAAGCUUAUAGAAAGAUCACCAGAUUGUUAA